AUGUUGCUGGUAUUCAAAUGGCAAGUAUUGGCAAAAGAAUAUACGUCAAAAGAAGGCUCCAAAACAUCAGAUGUAAAAAUGUCACUCAACAAUAAUUUCACAAUCGCCGCUUUCAACUCUGAGAAAUUCUAUGUACUUUAUUCCGUGUCGAACAAUUUGAUAAAAACAUAUUAUAAGAUAAAUUAUCACGAAGAUGACGUCUAUGUCUACAGUCUCUCUGUACUAAAAACUAAAUCUGGUGAAGUUAUAUCAUUUUUACAAGUCGUCAAGAAUAUCAAGUCGAAUUCGGUCAUACUUACUCGAAUCGAUAUUAACUUAUCCGAGUAUCACAACAGUGCAAAUUAUCAAUAUCGCAAGAGCAUUGACAAGGUUUUGAAAAAUAUUGGUGAAGAACACAUUUUAAUCAAAGUCGAUACACAAGAAAAGUAUGCUUACGUUUUUGCUGAUUCCGUUAUACUUUCAUAUAAUUUAUUGACAAAUGAACUCUACGAGAACAACGAAAUAAAUGUUGUACAUUGUGAUGGAGAUAACGGAUCAUUUAUCCCUCAUGCAGCUGAUCUAAGAAAUAAAUGGGUUGCUAUGGUUGGCUUCCAUCGAAUCCAGAAUAGUUCUCGCAAUAAACCAUGUCUUUAUAUCUUUAAACUUCCAUCUUUAAGUUUAAUACAAGCACGAAGUCUUGAUAAGAGCAAUAUCUUAAACUCUGAAAACAUUGGCUAUAAUCAUGAAUCUAUAAUGUCAGCAUCAAUUGAUCCUUCUGGGAUGAUGGUAGCCAUUGGACAAGCACAAUUGGACACAGUGACAAUUGCCUUUAUAAAUGACAAUAACGCACCUACUAACAUUUCUCAAAUGUUCCAAAUAGUUGAAGAUGUGAAAUCGAUUGACUUUGGGCGUUCAGUAGCUUGGCUCGACGAUAAGGGAACACUCGCUGUACUCGUGGGCAAGUCGGGAAAUCGUACUGGACUACAGUCUGAAAUUCAAGUCUUCACAAAUAUCUCUUCUCAUCCAACAAGUGUUUCUAUACUACCCAAAUAUAUUUUUCCUAAUAAUCAACAGACUCUACAUGCAAUUCCAUAUAAAUUCGGCUGGCGUAGACGCUCUUACCUUCUUAUCCUGGUACACACACGCAACUUAUUAAUCCUUCGUGACGACGGCAAACUUAUACAUAUUCCAUCAGCUGAUCCUGGUUUCUGCUCUAUGGAACGUGUGGAAGCCUCCGAAAAUUAUCGCGAAUUGUUAACUUGCCUCGAUAGUGAUAUAUGUGCUCCGCUUCCCUUCGCUUCCCUUCGCAAGGGUUCUUCAACGAAUGAAUCUACUUCGUUGGUUUAUUCUUUUUUAUCGAAACCAUGCGUGAGUGGAACUUACAAGAAUAUAGAUGGCUUUGGUCCUUGCACAGUCUGUCCACCAGGAACAAAAAAUCCGGGAGGUAAUAAGUCAUCUGAUUGUCAACCAUGCAACCCGGUCGAAUUAUGUUCGCUCGGUGCUAGUAGUGAAGUUAAUCUCACUGUGUUUAAUUCUACUACGCAAGUAUUCAGCUAUCCAGAUUCACCUAUUAUCGACAACUAUGAUGAUGUAUUGCUACUUAACUUCAUUCCUAAUACAUGGGCAGCGGGUUGCGUCUUAUCUUCGCCUCUCUUCAUUGCUGUUCUAUUCAUAAUACUUUCUUUCAUAAUAUGGCUCAGUAUGCUAACCAUUAAAAAACGACAGCUGACUUCAUUUGACCCUCAUCGGAAACGGGCAAAACGCAUUCUCAAGCACACUGACCUUAUCGGAGAAGGAGAACGCUUGGUUGGUGGUCUCGCAUCACUUGUGAUUUUUGCAAUUAUCAUAUAUUCUAUCGUUUUUGCUGUCUAUUACUUUUUUUCGUAUUCUUCCGACAACACAUGGAUACGUGAAGCAUGUAACGACAGUCUACGAAAUACGAAAUUUGAUAAUGCUUUGCAGUUGCCCUUACCGGAUCCCCAAGGAAAUGAUUGGAAAAUUUUCGAAUUGCUCAACGACCAAAACUUCACCAUGACUGUCGAUUUAAUAAAUACUGGAGCAAAAUGUGAUCGUAUCGACGUUCAUCACAAUAAACGUACAGGUCAUUCUGAAAAAAUAAAUAAAACAUAUUGUAAUGAUUUAAACAAUAAUUUCACAACAUCAUUCAGUUUUCAAAUACGCACUCAUACUUCUACUGCUCAAGUCACUAUCAACGGACCUUAUUUUAUUGGAGCUAUUCGACUUUGUCUGCAUGGAUUACCAAAGUAUGUAUAUGAUGAAGAAGAAUAUCGUGAACUAAAGGAACUCGAUGUAUGUACUCUGUUCCAUACAGAUAAACAGACUAUUGGAAUUUCAACUUAUUUUAAUGUAGAUCUCGUUAGAGUUCUCAAUGUUACAAAACCGCUGAAACGCAGUCAACAUACAAAUUAUAGUGGUGUAUGGAAACCGAUUACUACAUAUCUCGAUAAUCUGUCUGAGGAGUUGUAUUAUGCUAAAUACGGGGAAUACUUGCGAUACGCUUCUGAUCAGACGAAAUUCACUGUAAAGUUCAAAGAACAAAACUACUAUGUUCAGAACAACAAAUCACCGAUUAUUCGCCGUGGAGCAAUUACUUUUCAUACAUUUAUGUUCAUGUUUUUGCUGAUUGAUACAAUUGCUAUGUUAUUUCUUGUUUACAAACUAUGGGGUCAGCCUCUGGUACGAUGUCUUCUCCAGUUAUGUUAUAAGUCUCGUGAACAUGAAUUUCAAUCGAAUCAUGCAGAAACGGCUAUUGGAAUUUCAUCAAAAUUCACAACGAACUAUCCUACUAGUCAGAAUAUUCAACAACAGUAUUGCCCGAAGAAUGCUGUAAAAAAUCCAGAAGAGUCAACAAUUAUUGAAUAUUCGGAGCUCCCUCAUUCUCUAUCGACUGUUCAGCCUCCUUUUUCGCUGGCAACACCAUCAACCACCCAAGCUGUUCUUUCAUCUGAUUAUUCGACUGUUACGUGUCCACGUGAAUACUUCGAUAAACGAUUCGACAUAUAUGCCGAGAAAGUAGAACAUCUUUCGAACGAAGUUGCCGUCCUGAGAAAUCAAAACGAUGAAUUAAAUCGACAAAUUAUUUAUCUCAAACAAUACCAAACCAAUACUGACCACGAUCAUUAG